GUGACAAAGCAAACACUCUGAUCUGUUUCCAGAAUGACUCUACACUUAACAUCUCUGCUGCUCUCAGCCAUCUUACUGGGCGGAGUUCAAUGUGAGCGUAUAUGUUCCUUUAAUGACGUGCUACAGAAUGCCAGUCUGGGAAGUAUUCCAGGUGCAGGUCUGCGUCCAGUGAAGGACUGGCGGACAAUAUCACACAUCUAUAUAGACAUAACACUGUACACCAUUGCCAAAUUGGACACAAGUACCCAAACACUUACAUCAUUUGUCUGGUUAACAUUGGAAUGGACCAAUGAAUAUAUAUCCUGGAACCCAAAUAACUUCUGUGACAUGAAGGAAUUUAACACUCUGGGAGAAUCACUUUGGAAACCAGACCUAUACAUUUAUCAAAUAACAGAAGUAGAUGAUAAAUCCCCAGUGAUUCCUUACUUCACCGUACAUUAUGAUGGCAAAGUGACUUUAGACAAGCCUUUAAGGAUCCUCAGUUCCUGCGACGUUAAUAUCUACAAGUUCCCAUUUGACACACAGACUUGCUCUCUGACCUUUGGUUCUUACAUUUACACCGUGAAGGAUAUUCUCAUGCAUCCGAAGUUAAAUUCCUCUGAAGUCGAUGAUAAAUCUUUUGCCGCUUUUGUUGGCAAAGGAGACUGGAAUUUAAUUAAUGUCGACGUGUCAGAAUUUGAGUUGACUGAUGGGGACGUAUAUAGCAAAGUUGCCUAUAUGAUAACAAUAAAACGGGCCCCUGUUGUUUAUGUGAUUAAUAUCAUAAUACCAGCUUGUUUCAUGGUUCUCCUGGAUAUUGUCAGUAUGUUCAUACCGGUGGGCUCUGGAGAAAGGCUCGGAUUCAAAAUAACUGUAGUUCUGGGGUUCUCUGUGCUCUUGCUGAUCUUAAAUGAUAUGGUACCUAGUUCUGACAGCCCCCCUAUUCUAGGUAUAUUCUGCGUUGUUUGUCUGUCUGUUAUGGUGUUCAGCAUAAUUGGUUCCAUUUUAACCAACUACAUGAUGACAUUGUCAGACACACGGCCAAAUGUCCCUAACUGGGUAAAGACUUGGAUCCUAAAACGUUUAUCGCGUGUCCUGCUUUUUAAGUUGCACAAAGAUGAGAAAGAUCUUGUAGUCCUAAUAGACACAGAUCCAAAUGUUGGGAACACAAAUAACCGGCCUGACAUGGAGCUUCAAAAGAAAACAGAAGAAUCAGACAAACAGAUUAAAGUAACUCUGGAAGUGAGAUUAUUAAAAAGAUUGUUGGAUGUGGUUCUGAAGAUUCACAAAGACCUGAAUUUGUCCAAGAAUGAGCAGGAUGCCAAAUCAGAGUGGUACCUGGCUGCUCUUGUAGUGGAUAGGCUGAUGCUAAUUUUGUACUUAAUUAUUAUUAUCAUAAUAUUCUCUAUUCUUAUUAUUGUUUGGGCAACAUAAACUGUAUAUAUAUAUAUAUAUACUUGAUCCUUCAAUUCCACUUUGGGUGCUGCACUUGGUUGUAUGCAAUAUAAUCGUUCAGAAAAUGAGUGCACUACAAUUCUUAAUAUUUAUUUUGAUGUAAAAUAGUACAUUAAUGUAUCGGUAUUACCAUCUAAACUUCACAACAAUAGUCCAUUUAAAUGUCUUUAACCCCACCCAUCCCAUGGUGCACUGAUGUCACUUCUCCCGGUCUUGCCACAAGAUUGGAAGGCAAUCAUAGCAACCUUCGUGCUCGGGACAACAGGGGUAGAGGCCAACAAAAUGAUUCAAUAUACAUACACAGGUAUUAGUAUAAAUAAGUAUAAAUAGAAAAUUUAAAACCCAAGUAUAUUGCUACUAUUAAACACUGUAGAAAUGCAUUCUGCCGACUUAUCUAUAAUAAAAAAUUUCAUUGUAUAUCUAAAAAACAA